CGUCCUUCGGGACCCAGUCCUCAGGGCCCCAUCAUUCCCCCGCCGGCCCUCCUCCCGCCGCCGCCGCGGCGGGGCUGCCUGGACGCCUGCUGCCCCCAGCGCCGGGUCCUCGGCUGCGUCGCCCUCGUGGCGGCGGGGGCCGCGCUCUGGGCCUGGCUGUGGUGCCUGAUGCCCGAGGGGGGCGGCGCUAGUGGGCCGGGGAGCGACGGCGCGAGGGCGCCGUGGGGCAUGCUGCUCCCGACCACCACGACCACUGUCACCAGGCGCCACAGGCACGUGGGGCCGCCGAACGUGACGGUGGUGCCAGCGAAGCCCGGCAGGUGGCUGACGUGCUCCGGCCCCGGCAAGUGCGGGCACAAGGAGCUGAGGCCCUGGGACACAGCCCCGAGGACCCUUGCGACACGCGUGGAGAAGGACUUCUCAUGGUUGCCAGGGAUUCCAGAGGAUGUUUACGAGCCGGUCAGAGAGCAUUGGGAGUCUUCACCGCCAGCCUUUGGUGGGGUGCCGGUGUCGCUUGAGGACCUCGCGUCCUUCACCACGGACUUGCUGCAGAGCGAUCCAUUCCAGACGGGUGACGACGCGCCAGUUCUGGACUUCAACAGCGCCCGAGAAGGGGGUGUCGUUGCCAUCUCCCAGCGUCAGCUUGCCUUCCUGGUAGCCAACGCCAUCAUGGGCAACCAUCUUGACAGGGGAGACGGCCUCACCGAGCUGCUGGCCCGCUGCUCCGACAGCGGGCUCCGCGACUGGAUCUACUCCCUGCUCUCCUUCCUGGCCGUCCUCUCCCGCGAGCUGAGCCCUGGCGAGCAGGGGAAGCUGCUCGUGGCGGCCACGCCCCAGGCCCUGCUGGAGUGGGACGAGUGGCGGGACAGGCUGCAGAACACCCUGGUGGAGCCGACCCUCUGCCAGCGGGUCGGCGACUCGUCGGGCUGCGACCUGGCGGACUUCAUGGAGGGGAACCCCGGGCAGGCGCUGACGGACAUCGCGGGGGGCGUCGUGGGCGGGGGGGCACGGCUGUGCAGCCUGGCCGACAGCCAGGACGAGUCCCUGGUCCAGUUUUACCCCGAGGUGCUGGCCUUCUCUUUUUUUGUGGACCCUAAGACUUCCGCAGAUGAAAUGGGCAUGCUCCCGGUUCCUUGGACCUUGCUGGGUGCACGGAGGUACAUGGGUGAUAUCACUGGCCAAUCUAUGGAUGGCCAGUGCGGACGAAUAAGAGACAAAGACUGGCUCAACCAGGACAUGAUGCUGGAGACUGUGAAGGUUGCAGUUGCUGGCAAGUCUGCGAAGGUCUAUAGGAGCGCUUUUGUAGCGGUUGCUAGCGUCUGCUCAUCUUGCCUCUCUGGAGAAGACUGCAGCGCGACUGAUAAUUUGAACAACCUCUGCGACACUCAGCGCCGACAUCUUGACGAUGAUCUGUCGAAAUGGUAUCAGGCAUUCGAGCCUGAUGUGUACCCAGAGGAGUUUCGGGAGGCUUUUCGUCAAGUCGUGAAGCGCAUUGGCACCGGGCCAUGGGGGGCUGGCGUAUGGGGGGGCGACAGCCAGCACUACUUCCUCUCCGUUUGGCUGGCGACAAGCCUCCUGAGUUCGGGAGCCCUCGAGUAUUACAUCUAUCCGAACUUCUGUGAGAACCCUGGCAACCAGUGCUUCGUCCUUGGAGGCGACGCGUGCCAGCAGUGCGUUGCGGACAGUGGCGUGACGGGCGUCGACACCGAACGGUGCGGUUCCCAGAGUGCCAAAGCCCUCGUGGACAAGUUCAAGGGCCAACCAGCUCAGGACCUGUACGAUGCCCUCAUCGAUGUGGGUGGGCCGCCCGACCAGGUCUUUGAUGCGAUUGGGCGGUGAGCUCUCCUCCUCCUUCCUGCUUGUCUGUUUUCGGCAUCACUAUGCUGGUG